AUGCCGUUCGUUCCCAGCCCAGCAGAAGUCGCCGUUGUAAACGCGAUAUUUACACAAGCAGACCCACAGAAACUCGGUCUCGUCACGGGCGAGCAAGGCGUCAGGGUCUUUGCUGGUGCACAUCUCCCGCCAGCCACGCUUGGCGACAUUUGGUCGCUUGCAGAUCCAGAAAACAACGGCGCACUCACAAGAAAGGGCGUUGCCGUCGCCGUUCGUCUCAUCGGCUGGGCUCAGGCGGGCGAGUUGCCCACGGCAGAGCUCAUUGACAAAGCCGGUCCUUUACCAACUAUCGACGGCCUCCAAGUGCCCGCCGUCUCGUCCCUCCCCGCCAGAGCACCAGCUCCUAUAUCCACGCUCCCAAGCGCCCUCCCACCCCUUCUUCCAACGGACAGAACAAAAUUUCUGACCCUCUUCAACAAGGCAAACCCAGGCGGCGGUCUCCUCAAUGGCGAACAGGCCAAAAAUAUAUUCGUACGGUCCAAACUUUCCGUAGAGCGACUAAAUGCGAUAUGGUCACUCGUCGACACGACAAACCGCGGCGCACUCGAUGCCACGCAGUUCAUACUCGCCAUGUAUUUUAUACAGGGCAGCAUGUCGACCCCGCAAACGAUUCCCGUCCUCCCACCAUCCAUUCCUCCAUUUUUGUGGGACCAAGCUGGCGGCCGACCUCCAAGCGUCCAGUCGCAUUCAACAGGUGGUAGUCUCCCAUCUCCAUCACUUCAUUCUACCAUGGCUCCAAAGGCCUUCAUGCCCCAGUACACUGGUAUACAGGCGCAAAUGACUGGAAGCACCAUCCCGCUUGCUCCGCAGAUGACGGGCAGUCGUAUGCCGCCGUCAAUUCCGUCUCGUCCCUCGAAUCUCUCGAUCGCUCCUCAAAUGACCGGGCAAUUGGCAUCGCCUUUCCCUCUUGCUCGGCCGCCACCUAGCGCUACGCUCCCUUGGGAUGUUACUGCAGAGGACAAGCUGCGAUCAGACGGGUUCUUCGAUAACCUGGACACGGAGCACCUUGGCUACGUUGAAGGGGCUGCUGCGGUGCCAUUUAUGCUCUUAUCAAACCUACCCGAAGAUGUUCUCGCCCGCGUUUGGGAUCUUGCUGACAUGAAAAAUGACGGUCGACUCACGAAAGACACCUUUGCUGUCGCAAUGCAUCUCAUUAACAAGGUGCUCGAAGGCAAAGAGCUCCCAGAAUUUUUACCACCGACAUUGAUUCCUCCGUCCAUGAGACUUAGCGCGUCUCAAUUCCAAGCCGCUUCAUCGAUGCCUGUCCUGUCAGAGACCCAUCGUGACUUGCUCUCACUAGACGACGAUGUCGCAGUACAAGCUCCUGUGCAAACUCCGCCGCAAAAGGUAGCAUCUCCACCUCCUGUCCCGGUCAUUUCGCAGAUCUCGGCGAGUGCGCUCAAUCCCAAUGUUCAGACUCCUCCUGUUCCCGCUCCUUCCUCCACUAUCCGACCUUCAGUCAGACGGGAUCUCCUUGAUGACGAAGAAGCAGAAGAGCGUCAACAAAAGCAGCUCGCACAGAACAGCGUGGAGAUUGCCAAUGUACGAAACCAACUCGCGUCGACUGCUGCCGCACAAGCAAGUGCAGAGGAUGAAAGGGCCAAGCUGGAAUCCGACCUUGCAACGUCGGCUGCGACGCUCUCCCAAUUGCAAACUCAGCUCGCCUCCGCAAAAGUCGGCUUUGAUACCGAGACCAAAUUGCUGGCCGGUCUACGAGAACGAUAUCAAACGCAGGCGAAAGAGAUUCAAACUACCCGCGAGCAACUCAUCACUGCGGAGAGCGACCUCAGCGCAGUCAAGCUUGAAAAGGCCGAAAUUGGUGGGAAUCUUCUCCGUGAGAAGGACGACGUUCGCGAACUCAAGCGUCGUCUGGCGGAGGUCAUCGAGGAGACGGCAGCGAUCAAAAAGGAGAUUGAACAGGCGAAAAAGGACGCGAGGAUGCAGAAGGGACUACUUGCGAUUGCCAAGAAACAGCUCCAGACUGCCGAAGCUGAGAAGGAGGCAGCCUCAAACGAGUUGGCCGAAGCUAGGGAGGAGGCCACCAAAGCAGAGGAAGAAGUUGCUCAAGCGGAGUCGGAGCUUGCAUAUCUAAAGUCACCCGAAACUAAACCUGCGACAUUGGCAAAUGGCGCUCCAGCGGGCGUCUCAACCAGCCCGGCACCUGUAGAGCCUAGCAGUAGGGCGAUCUCGCCACCCAUUCCUGCUGCAAGUCCCGCGCUUCCAUUCGCAGAUGUAUCCGGUGUCGCUAGCCCAGCGCUUUCGUCAAAGAGUAACAACCCAUUCGAUCGUCUCAGGAAGGGCAGCGUUGCCUCUGACACAUCGAUUCCUCAGAGGACAGCGUCUCCGUUCGCACCGCAGGCUCUAGUAGCCGAGGCAAAGUCGGUCGACGAGGACGAUCCGUUUGGAUUCAACGAGAUGGAUAGUCAUGCUGCGGACGCGACUCCGACAAAACCUCCGGUUACCGAGACGGCUAAGCAGACGUCUCUAGGCUUUGACGCCCUGUUUGAAGAUAAUGUCGCUUCCCCGACGUCGACGGUUCCAGAAACAGCGGCAUCUCCCUCGGAAACAUUCUUCACUCCUCCAGGGACGUCUGCCGCGGAAACAACUCGCUACCAGCCCAUGGAAUCACUCUUUGUGGAGAAGGAAGAUUCCUCCACCAGCAGGUUCCCGGCAUUGUCUGAUGUGCCAGCCGCCAGAAAGGGCACAGCGGACGAACUGCCGCCUAUGGAAAUGGAAAAGGACGCCGAUGAUAGCUCGUCCGAUGAAGACGAGAAGCCGCUUGGACAGGUCAAAGAGGAUAUCAAGGCUGCGGCCGCUGCAUCUACAUCUCAACUAGCAGCAGCACCAAGAACCGAUACGUCCUUUGCGGAUGCCUUUGGCUUUCCGGCCGUAGACGCCUCGGCACCAACCACAGGACCGAGCUCUCACUUUAGCACUAUUGGCUCCGACAAGGUCCUGAGCUCGCCGUCGGUCUCCACUGAACCUAUUCAACCGACAGUCAAUGGACACGCCACUGGGAUUUCGGCGGCGAGCGCUUUUGAUGAAGCGAUGGGCGUUCUUCCUACUCAGCCUCAACAGCCAACAGCAGCGGCGACUGCUGAACAAUCUUUCAAGUUUGACAAUUUUGACGACACAUUUGACUUUGGUGACUCGUCGUUUACGCAUGCUCGAAACAAAUCGAACGAGAUUACCAUGCCAAUGCCCAAUACCUCCGUACCACCCUCUGCGGCCUUUGACGAGGCCUUUGGUCUCUCCCCUGCUGCUGCUCCCGUGGGAGGAAAUACCGCCCCAGCCCCAGCCGUAGCCGCCACACCGCUCUCCUUUGAUGACGCCUUUGACGUCGAAACAACUGAGCCCACUGCGGCUCCAUCGUUUCCCCAGCCAGCACCCACAAUGCCGAUUGCAGCCUCAGCCCCGGCUGUGGCCCCUGAAUCGCCGACCACGACAACACAUACCCACAACACUGCUCAGACGAGCAAUGGUGUCGGCCAGAAUGGAUCAUCGAUUCGAAGCGAAUCACCUACCGCCGUGCGAGGGUCGUCAUCGUCUGCACGUGCGACGUCUCCUCCUCCACGAACAUCCUCUCCAAAGAUCCCCGCCGCUCGACCUCGUCCUGCAAAGGAAUCGGCUUCGGCCCGCCCCGGUAGCACGCUUACACCCGACUCUGCUGGCCCGUCUCGUAGCUCACGACUGAGCAUUCAUUUCCCCUUUGGAAGAUCCAAGAGCUCCAAGGAGAAGAAGGAUAAGGAGAAGAAGGAUAAACAUGCCAAGGAACAUCAGGGGCGUGAAGAACAUGGCGGGGUCAUGCCACCGCCUGUCCCAAGUAUCCCCACGGGCUACUCGAUGGAGCGUCUGGAGACGGGGGAGCUGGGAACUGUUGCUGAAGACGGCGACGUUCCUGCAUUGAAACAAUUGAUGGAGUAUGGCUUCAACCGGGAACAAGCUAUCGAAGCCCUCGAAGCGACUGGAUACAGCUUCCAACGAGCCUUAAACAAGCUCCUCUCGACGCCUUGA